AUGAAUUUCGAAAACUACGACAUGGAAAACAUCGCCAGCUACAACGCGAACCAAUACAGCUGCUAUAACUACAUGUACGUAAACAAUAGUCCACCACUAAGUGAUGGAGGUAACACCACCACAGAUUGGAACUGCAACAUCUCCACCGGUAGUUACGAUAGUGUGGAAGAUCGCAGCUCGAGUCCCGAAUCAAUUGCUACUAAUGGAUCUACAGGGGCCACUUUCGAUGGAAUUGUACAACCUCAAGAGAAGAGUUUGCGGGUCACUCCACAGAUUAUGCGAAAGAGGAGGUUGGCGGCCAACGCUAGGGAGCGAAGACGCAUGCAGAAUUUAAAUAACGCCUUCGAUCGUUUGAGGAAUUAUCUGCCGCAACUUGGACAGGACCGGCAACUGUCAAAAUACGAGACGCUUCAAAUGGCUCAGACUUAUAUCAAUGCUUUGUACGAUUUAUUAGAUGAAAACGCGCAGUAA